UUCAGUGGUAGCUCUGAGGCUAGAGAUCUGUGCCAGCAAUCAGAAGGUCGAGCAGGAAUUCUACCACCUGAUCACUUUAUUUUUUCUCAUUAACCAGUGGCCAUUUCAUUUUUGUUAUAAUGUAUGAGAUUUAAAACGUUUUAUGUGCUUUUACUUGGAACAUGUGGUCUUGUGUUUCUUCACAAGUUUCCUGUUUUGUAAGCAGCUUGCUCUUCGACAAUUUACUGCUCAGAUUUGAAGCCUCAUAAGGAUUUAAGCUACCAGCUGGUAUGAGCAUAAAACCAUCUCUGUCAUUUGGACUUUUUGGCUUUUAUUGGCUCAUUUUUUUAUUUUUAAAUAUCCUAAUGUUGAGGACUACAGCCUGUGUUCACCACUUUUAAUUUUUGUGUUUUUUUCUUGUUUUAUGUAGUGACUUACUUCUGCUUAAGCGAGUUUUGCUGAAUAAGUAACCAUUAACAGAAAUAAGGGAGCAGACACCUCUCCUAAUAAUUCCAUUUUCCUGCCUUGGUGCUUUUUCCAUAUUCUGUGCAGUAUGGACGGUGACGUUUUAUACUCCUCAGUGAACUUCCAUCAGAAGAAACAGAGAAAAGGGAAAUUGCAGAACAAGAAGGAGACAGAAGAUCCAAGUGAGGAUGUCACAUAUGCAGAUAUUAAAAUAGCAAACACUUUCAGAAUUCAAAAUACAGAUGUUGACUCCAAAGAAGAUUCUGGUGAAUCACCGAAAGAAGUCAAAGAGAGUAAUCCUGGCAGCACUGCAGGCACUUCUGGCCUUUCCAAGAAGACAUCAGCAGCUCCAGUGCCUUGUCCCAAUGUGAACACCAAAGCUUGUUGGCUCAUACUGCUGCUCUUGAUAAUUUUACUGGUGGCUGCCCUGGUUGGUUUUGUCAUUUCUUCUCGAUCAUGUUCUGUUUGUCCUCAGAGCUCAUUGCUCUUUGACUCCAAGUGUUAUUUCUUCUUCACUGAUAAAAUGAACUGGAGCAAAAGUCAAGACAACUGCACAUCAAUCAGGGGGCAUCUGGCAAUUAUAGAGAGUAAAAAAGAGCAGGAAUUUUUAAUAUCAAACUUAGGAAACAAAACAGAUGAAGAGAAAUCCUACUGGAUUGGACUGUCAGAUCAAGUGACUGAAGGUCAUUUUCUAUGGGUGGAUAACAGACCUCAGGACUCAAAAGGAAGGUUUUGGGGCCUAAGGGAAUAUGACCAUGGUCAAGAGCCAGAUAACUGGACUGAUCCAGUGCACAAUCCUGCUGGAGAGGACUGUGUGCAUCUGAAUAAAUCAGAGCACUACAGCGGCUGGUAUGAUAAUAACUGUGAAAUACAAAUGAAACGGAUCUGUGAAGCAGCGUGCAACUGAACUGUAA